AUGGGUUUUGGGAUAAAAUGGUUGAAAUGGAUAAAGUUGUUGGUGUUCAAAAGUAGUUUGUCGGUUCUUGUCAACGGGAGUCCAACUAAGGAAUAUUUGGUUUCAAGAGGGUUGAUGCAAGGUGAUCCUCUUUCUCCUUUCCUUUUUGUUUUAGUGGCGGAAGGAUCUACGGGAAUUGUGAGACAAUCCAUUGAAUUAGAGGAUUUUCAAAGAUUCAAUAUUAAGGGUUCUUGUUGGGUGGAUAUUUUACAAUUAGCGGAUGAUACGCUUAUUGUGGGAGAUGGAAGUUGGAAACAAGUGUGGGCAAUUAAGGUGGUUCUCCGAGCCUUUGAAAUAGUUUCGGGUAUUGGUAUCAAUUAUCAUAAGAGUAAAUUGAUUGACAUAAAUUCUAAUGCUCACUUAUUGGAUGCGGCGUCACACUUUCUUUCUUAUAAGUUGGAAGAAAGUAAUUUUUUUCUCGGAAUUCCUAUAGGUUUCAAUCCUAGGAAGAAAGCCACUUGGAAUCCUCUUUUAGUAAAGUUGAAGAAUCGUUUGGAAGGGUGGACGAAUGGUUUUUUUAAAUUUAAGAGGUAG